AUGGCCACAUCAGCUGAAGUGGCCGUCAUCACGCCUCAGGACAGAGACAGGCAGCAUGCUGACGACAUUCCGUUGAAACUGUGCCAAAAUCUGAUGGAUAUGGAACUGCAAGCAUCCACAGUGUUGACUGAAAGAGCAUUCACGUAUUUCCACUCGGCGGCUGAAUCUCUGAAUGCUUUGGAGGCCAACCGGAGAGACUGGGCAAAGGUGUCUUUCCGCCCUCGAGUACUCAGAAAUGUCACUCAGGCGGACAUGUCCUGCAGAAUCAUGGGACAGUCCAGCACUCUCCCGAUCUUCAUCUCUCCCAUGGCAAUGAUCAAGCUGGCAAACAAGGACGGCGAGUUGGCCUUUGCACGGGGGGCUGGGUUAAAGGGUAUCCCAGCCGCUUUCAGCACUUACACAUCCUGCUCACACGAAGAGAUCAUGCAAUGCGUCAAUGCUGAAGGAUUGCCACACAAGCAGUUCUUCCAACUGUACGUACCGAGGAAACGCGAAAACGCAAAGGAGCUCAUCCGGAUGGCUCGCCGUCUGGGUUUCAAAGCAUUACUUGUGACCGUGGACACGCCUGUUGUCGGCAAGAGGGAAGAAGAUGAUCGGUACAAGGCUCGAGUGGAGUAUCAAUCCGGUGUGGAGGACACCCCUCGGACACUGGACACGUCUCCAUCAGAGGAGAAGCCCAUCCUUCGAGGGGUCCACUCCUCGACCUUGAACUGGGAUGACCUGGCCUGGAUCCGAGAUACAUGGGCAGGUGCCGGUCCCAUCAUUUUGAAGGGCAUUCAGAGUGCCGAGGAUGCCCUGCUCGCAUAUCGAGCCGGGGCAGACGGUAUCUACCUCAGCAAUCACGGCGGCCGACAACUCGAUUUUGCACCGAGUUCACUGCAGACCCUGCUCGAGAUUCGGAGAUUCUGUCCCGAUAUCAUUGGAAGGAUGGACAUCUACCUAGACGGCGGAGUGAGAAGGGGGAGCGAUGUCCUCAAGGCCAUCUGCUUAGGAGCCACCGCGGUGGGCUUGGGACGGCCAUUCGUCUACGCGCUCGGCGCCUAUGGACAACAAGGUGUCGAACGCGCGAUCGAACUAAUCAGCGAUGAGAUCGAGACAACCAUGAGGCUGCUCGGGGUGAACAGCCUGAGUGAGCUGAGCUCGUUCUAUGUCAACACCAAGGAGCUGGAGAAUAGCAUCGUAGACCAGAUAGACACGAGGCCUCGGCAGCGGCACGCAGGGGCUCGUUUGUAA